AUGGUCUCGAAAGAAAACAGAGAAGGAGGAGGAGAGGGAGACUAUAUGUGCAGCGAUGAGGAGGAGGUAAAUGGAGGGGUGGCGGGGGGGUUCAAGGAGGCUUCAGCACCCCCAUCGCUGCGGCCUCUAGCCCGCCACCUCCCCCUCACAUCGACCGCUGUGGCAUGGCGCAGUAGAAACCGCGGCGUCGGGGAGCGGGGUGGCGUUGGCGGGGGCGCUGGAGACGGUGCCGGUGUUGGCGCUCCUAACCUGGACGAGGCCGCUACCACUGAGCUUCAAGCUGCUGCCGAUGCCACCUUCCUCCACAACCGCCGCGAAUACCUCAUCAGGAAAGCCGCCCAUGAGGUUGCUGUGCACAACUACGAGUUCGCGACGUCGGACCGUGCCACUCGCCUGGCACUGCUUGCAGAUUACAACACCUCCAUGGCGCUUCACAUCCCCAACAGCAUCGCCUGGGCCGCUGCCGACAACCGCGCCUGCACCAUCCUCCUUGGUGCACUCCCCGACGCCCUCAUGCGCCGCUUCCAAGCUCGUGAAAUGCGAGCCCACCUGAUUUGGGCCGAGCUCCGGUCCAUGUUCGAACGCUGCGACAUCAGCUCCAUCGGCGUUCUCUUCCGGGAGUAUUUCUCCAUUACCCUCGCCACCUGCGACGCCGCAGUCGAUUACGUGGGGCGCAUGCAGGAGGUAGCCGAUCGCCUUGCCGCUCGCCAGGCUGCCCUGCCCAAGCCCCUGCAGAUUCAUCGUCUGCUCUUCGACCUCACGCGGAAUUCCGAGUCCCGUCUGCACGCCUUCACUGAGGCAAACUCCUUGGUUGGCCUCACCGAGGUGGUUCAGUGGAUCAUUGACACGGAGGUCAAGCUCCGCACCCCCAUUGUCAACCUCACCACCCCUCAUUCCUCCUACACCUCCCUCAAUGCCACGCAGCCACGCAACCAGGGUGGUAGCAACGGCGGCGGAGGGGGUCGUGGAAGGGGCGGGGGUGGUGGUGGUGGUCGGGGUGGUGGUGGUGGCAGUCGUGGUGGCCGUGGUGGUGGUGGUGGUGUCGCCCUGGGACUCUCCCCCCCCUGCACGUACUUUCCCAUCGUGUGUCCCUGA